AAAAGACGUGAUUUGAUCAUCGUCACUCCGAACAAUUCUUACCGGUUGGUGCCAGUUGCAAUCACUCGUCGGAGACGUUUUCAGAAUAAUGGAACCGAUUCAGGAGACACAUAAAGCAUCCAAGUUCGCACCACAAGAUGUUAUCAGCACCAUGCCUGAUAAUGUGAUAACUAGUAUUCUGCAUCGAUUGCCAUUACACGAUGCAGUGAUGACUAGUAUCUUGUCGAGAAACUGGAGGUUUAAAUGGACCAUGCUUAGCCAGCUAAAAUUUGAUGUGGAGUUCUUUAUGUGUUUAAUGAAUGCAGAUGGUGAAAUUAAUAGUCAUGGGAAAAUUAUAAGUAGACUUCUUCUUCAUCUUAAUGGCGCCGUAACAAAGUCUGUCAUUAUCUUCACCUUAUUGGAUGUGGAAGAUAUUCAUCACUUGAUUUUGUUCUUGUCAAGAAAAGGAAUUAAGGACCUUACAAUUAAAGAUUGGUCUAAAACACAAGUGAAGUUGCCUACCCAUCUUUUCUCUUGUUUAGAGUUGGAACAUUUGAAUAUUGUUGGCUCUUGUUUCAAUCCUCCACCUAGUUUUCAUGGUUUUCCAAAUCUAUUGAGCUUAGAGUUAUUUAGCGCGCAGUUUGGAAGUAGUGACCUUGGGGAGUUUCUUACUCGGUGUCCCUUACUUGAGAUUUUGGACCUCGGUUAUCUUUCUUAUACAGGCAGCGUGAAAUUAGUUGAGAUUGCAAAACUUCAAAAUCUGAAAAUUUUAUCUUUGUCAUUGUGUCAUCUCGAGGCUACAACGAUCACAAGUCUUUGUGAUGUCCUUGAGCUUGUGGGUUAUCUUCCAAAACUUCAAGAGCUUGGUUUGGAUUUUCAAGACUACAAGUUGACAGAAGGUCAUGCUAAAAAGAAGUUCCCCACCGCCUUUCCCUCUGUCAAGGCUCUUAAGUUUACAAGAAUAGGUUUAGGCAAUGGUACUAUGUUAUCAUGUGCUUUAGAAAUGAUGAGACAUUUACCAAAUUUGCAGACCCUUGAAAUCACAGCAACUCCGUAUGUUGAUGACCCGGUUCCAAUUUCAAUUCCGAUUCCAAUUCUGGACGUAGAGUACAACAUGAUGGAGCUUCGGACUGUGGUGUUUAGAAAUUUUAAAGGUUCAGAGAAUGAAGUAUAUCUGAUAAAGUAUUUCCUUGCGUGUUCUCCGUCCCUGAAAAAGAUUGUUGUUCAUCACGACUGGUGUCUAGGGCCCGGUGAACAGUUGAUAUUUGCCAAGAUGUUGUUGAAGCUUCAUCGAGCUUCCCCGGUAGCUGAAAUCGAUUUCAACUAAUUUUUGUUGUUUUGAAGUUCUCUUUUAUUCCACAUUGUAUAGCCUGAUCUUGGAAAACUGAAUGCACUCUCUUAAGGUUAACUCAUCUAGUUCAGGUUUUGUUAAAAA